AAAAAACGUGCCUCAAAGUUUGCGAACAUUUGUUAAAUGACAAUUAAAAUGUUACCAUCGAUUGUCUAUUCUUACAUUCUGCUAUGUUUUAUGACAUGGAUAAAGCCUGGCCAACCAUUCUUCUUCUGUUCUUGUAACGGAAAUAUAGAUUCAAAGUUCGCGAAUGGUAUCAAUCUGGUUCAUUAUAAAUGUGACGGAACAAACACCUCUUAUCCAAUUACAGCACCACAAGAUUUGUUAACAGUAUUAGAUACAAAACGAACAAUUUUUUACAUUUUUGGAUACCUGCAAUAUCCAACCCACCCUAAUGUCCAGUUAAUGAUAAAGACGCUUUGUAAAGGAGGAAAGGACAACGUUGUGUUAGUUGAUUGGAGCAAAUAUUCUAACGAUACUUUUUACCCACUCGUUUUCUAUAAUGCCCAAAAAGUAGGGAAAUUAUUUGCUAGAAGUUUAGAGAUACUUGUGGCAGCCGGUCUCGAUUCAUUCAAGAUUUAUAUCAUCGGGUUUUCAGUGGGCGCACACGUAGGUGGUUUUGCUGGUAAAUGCAACAACUUCACGAUACCUCGCAUAACAGGAUUGGAUCCUGCGAAUCCUUUUCUCUCUCUUUGCUUGGGAUGCUAUCUUUCGUCUGACGAUGCGGAGUUUGUCGACUCAAUGACUUCAGGCAUGCCUGUAUUUGGCUCUUUCCCGUUCCCACGGAUGGCAACAGCGCAUUUCUUGUUAAAUGGAGGCUAUUCGCAACCGAAUUGUUCAUUAAUUUCCUUGUUGACUGAUCCAACUAAUCUAUUACCCACAGUUUUCUGUAGCCAUAGAAGAGCAGUCGAAGUAUAUGCAUACUCGGCACUUAAUCCUUCCAAAUAUAAUGCAACAUUAUGCUCUAUUCCACAACUUUUGAAUAGCUGUAUUAAUAAGAAAGACAAAUGCACGGGCAAACAAUAUUUGGUUGGAUACAACGCAAGCAAUGUGCCUGGAUACUUUUAUGUCGACACCAAGGGGCAGUAAGAACCGAUAAUUAUAUUAUUUGCAGAUAAUCUGUCAGAUAAUAAUUCAUAUUUUAUUUAAUUAUUUUAUGUAAAGAUAAAGGU